AUGGCAGACUCAUCCGGCUCUGCGCCCUCGGGGGCUACCAAGCCCCAGGCGCCCCCGAAACCACCCAACCCGGUGUUCAAGAUGAUGGGACUCCCGAACAUGCGCUUCAAACUUCCCUCGCGCAACUGGAUGAUCUUCCUUACCAUCACAGGCUCCUUUGCCGGCGCCAUCUGGUAUGAUCGAAGGGAGAAACGCCGUGCGCAGCAGAAGUGGUGUGAACUUGUAUCCCAUCUGCAAGAUGAGCCAUUGCCCGUUGAAGAGAUGCGCCGCAAAUUGACGGUUUAUUUAUCGGCACCCCCAGGAGAUGGCCUACGCACUGCUCGCGAGCAUUUCAAGGCAUAUGUCAAGCCAAUUUUGACCGCGGCGGCCUUGGAUUACACGGUGGUCGAAGGGCGACGCGAGGGUGAUGUGCGCGCGAGCACAGCGGAAAGCAUUCGGAAGUUCAGAAGAAGGGCUGGUGAGCCAAGUUCAGCACCUGAAGAAGAGGGCGUCGAGGCAGCGAUUCUGGCUACUCGGCAGCACAUCGGUGUCCGCGAUGAGCCCGGCCCCAAGGGUGACUUGGUGAUUGGCCGUCAUACCUGGAGGGAGUAUAUCCGUGGCUUGCAUGAGGGUUGGUUAGGCCCAAUGGAUGCGCCAGCUCCUCCAACUGAACCUACACCCGAGGUCGUGGCAGAGGAGACGUUGAAAGACGUCGCGUCUGGCGACGUCCCAGCCGAGGUGCAAAGCAACCCUGACAACUCGCCCCAAGAAAAGCAGGAUGAGGCUCCCAAAGAGGAUAAGAAAGAAGAAGAGAAACCCGCAAAGCCUGUGGGCCCAACUCCUGCCUACAUUAGUCCUGUUGAUUAUGCCUCCGCUCAACUUCCUCGCUCAAUUCCCCAGUCCUUCGAAGCUUCUGUUCCCGUCGAAUUCCCUCACAUCCUCGGCUUCUUGAACACCCCUAUCCGACUAUACCGUUACCUCAACCAGCGAUACGUUGCCGACAGUAUUGGGCGCGAGGUCGCCGCUCUUAUUCUUGCCAACCGCACUCGCCCUUACCGCGACGGGUCGUCUGGUGCCGACUCUCAGUGGACUGGAGCCGAUGCUAACCUGACACCUUUAGGAGAUGACUCCGCCUCAGGCUUCGAACGAAGCAACUUCGAGCAGUCCGCUGUCCUAGAAGAAGAAGAGAAGGACUGGCACAAGUCUGUCUAUAAGCGUGAGGAAGGCGAUGAGCGGGAACGCGUUUGGCUGGACGAUAUUGUGAUUGAUCCCCGUAUUGCCUCGCGCAUGAAGCUCGCCGUGUUGGACCCGGAGGAUGAGGCCCGCUCCAAGCGACUCGCCGAAGAGGAGGAGUACAUCUUGGGCCGGGAACGGCCACCACCUGUCUCGUUCUGGCAGAACUUGUGGAUCAAGUACGGCAAUGGGGAAGACGAGGAGACUCGCCGCAGGAAGCCUAUUUAUGGGAACAUUGAUGAAGAGGAUGCAUAG